GCCAAAUAAACCAAUCAUAACUGGAAAUAAAACAGUUCCCGUUGGACAAAAGACAACAUUAUUCUGCUCCUCAUCUUCACGAUCAAUGCCACCUUACUACAAACACUUUCCUCCGCUUUCCUAUACCUGGUUUAUAAACAGGACUGAAGUAUUUACAGGUCAGCAGAUAGAAAUGAAUGUGCAUAAGAAGGUGGGAUGGGACAACAUCACAUGUAAAGCUGCAGAAAGUCUUGAAUCAUUGAGCGAUGUCUAUCAUGUUGAACCCUUAUAUGGACCCGAUUCCGUUGAAAUAUUUCCGAAUUUUCCCACAAGUCUCAGUAUCCAUGAUAACAGUAGUUUUGGUCCUGUCAACUGCAGUGCUAGCUGCAAUACUCCAUGUUAUGUUCAUUGGGAGGGGAUUGGUCCGAUAGGGAGAAUAUUCAAAAGCAUUUCUGGAAUGACACUUCCAAUUCAACAAAUAUACAGAAAAGAAGUUAUGACGUAUCGAUGCGUGGCUGAAGGACUGUAUAAUAACACGCAAGGCCAGACAACAGCUAUCAGGGAUAUUGUUCUCGAUAUUCAAUAUCUAACAUUACCAUCAUUCUUAGUGUCAGUGAAUAAAGAAUUUCAAAAAGGACUAAUUAUAGUCAUAGAUGAAAGGGAUAUUGUAGCAUUGAACUGUACAGCUGAGGGGAAUCCCAAGCCCGAAGUUAUUAUCGAAACAAGGCACGGGAACAAAGUUGGGAUGCUUGGGCUCAGAUCAAAGAAGUCGUUUACUUAUACCUUUCUGGGUGGAAUGCAAUGCACUGAUACAACUACAUAUAGAUGCACUGCUAGAAACAAGGAAUUCAACGAUAGUUUUUCUGAAACGAAAAUAUAUGUAAAAUGCUCGCCUCGAUUGGAAAGUAAAAUGCAGUUUAAGUAUCUCUAUGAAGCAGUGGCGGGAGAGGCUGUUUCUCUGAAUGUUCCUGUUAUAAGUUAUCCCGAACCCGAACAUGCCUAUUGGAUGGGACCUGUUGAACACGAUAAAAUAAAAACAAUUAUUGCUCAGAGAAAUAGGCCUUAUAAGUUAUGGAUCAGUAGCGAUAUUCCAAUAUUCAGUCUUAAGUGUUAUGGGAACUACUCACUUUUUCUCGAUGGAAUGAUUAUCGUAACUAUUCAAAUCCAUAACAAAGAUAUGGUGCCUGUAAAAUCAGGGAAAUUAAUCCGGGUACUCGAGAAAAGCGAUAUUAUCAUCACUGUCCUAGGAGGCCUGGUCCUUGUCCUAAGCGUUUUAUUGAUAAUAUCUCUCAAAUGUCAGAGACUCGCAUAUGCCAAAGGUAAAAGACUAAAUACAGGAACCAACGAAGUUGAAACUUACAGUCUUAGAGAACAAAUUUACAACUCAUUAUCACGGAGACAAAGUACUGAAGAACAAAACGUGGAAUACGAAAAGAUAAACACGUAUGCUGAUGUUGCAUGUGCUUCGGCAAAUUAAGGAUAAAAUAUCCCAACCAUCUUUUGAAGAUAUUACUGUAAAUGCAUUUAUAUUUGAUAUUUAUAUUUUGUUGUGUACGAUAUGAUAUUUAGAGAAUUUUUUUUUCACCAAGUAGGUGUAGGAUUUAUUUAGCUUAAUGUGUUAUAUAUAAAUCAUGAUAUACAAGGCAUUUAACGAUGUUCUUAAUUAAGCGAACUUUGCUUACUGCCAAAAUCGCUAAUUAGAAAACACCGCUAAAUGUAAUAUUAUUACAGUAUUACAAAAUCAUAAAACUAUGUAUGGUCUUGAAAUAUCGAUUUAGUUAUAUGUUGUGAUAAUAUUCUACCUUUUCAUAACGGAAGUUAAAGACAAUCGUUAUGAAAUUUUAUUCUCGAUUAAAAUAUAUGUCUUGCAUUUCAUGUGUAUCAUUUUUGUUUGAAUGGGACAUCACAUGACAUUGAACACAUGAUCAAAGUCAAUAUUAUUUAAAGUUUCUCUCACAUAACAAUUGAAAGUCAUAUUUCAAUGAAAUCGUGAGUUUCCUUUGAUCUUUCAAUCUGUAUUCGUGUAAAAAAUAUUGGACAAAACUGCACUGUUUUGACUUUGAAAUGAAAAUACGACAUAGCAUAAUUGCACGACGCUAUGUAACUUCAAAUUCUAGACAUUUCAAAUGUAUUUCACACUUUGCGUUUUACCAGCAGAUUAUUUUGAUUACGUGUCCAAUUCCAUAUCAUUGCAAACUGAAUACGAUUUGGAAUGUGAUGUAAAGAAAGAUAUUUGCAAAUGUAUAUUUUUCGUAUUCUACAAAGAAAAAUUUGACUUGUAAAGGUUAAGAUAUAAAAGAUACAGAAUCGA